GUUGUGCAGCAUUCAGUUCCGUUGGAGCUUCUAGCGAGUUCACAGUAGUGCUCUGUUUACUAAUUACAGCAGCAACCUCCUUCCCGUGGCUCUUCUUUGCCCUUAAAGUGCCCCCGCGUUAGGAGAGUUAACUGUGUAGUAUUUGUUUGGUGAAUCCCAACAAUCAUUUCGAAGAAGAAACAAAACAAAAGACAAGUCUCAAAACAUUUACAACCGAAUCGUCAAUUCGGUUUAUCCUAUUUAACGUCCCUUCAGAAAACGAAAUAGAAAUCAUCAUGUUUACCCGAAAAUUGUGUAGUGUUCUGACGCCAGGCAAACGCACGGAUAAAGACGACGCAUACGUUGCCAUGUCAAACGGAAAUCGCCCGAGUAUGUCGUCGGUGACUUCUCAGCCACUUCUGAGCGACCGAGAGACCUUCGCUCGUAGCUACCGAGUUGGUCACGUCCUGGGCAAAGGCGGAUUCGGCACCGUCUACGCGGGAACUCGCGUCCGCGACGGCCUCCCCGUGGCCAUUAAGCACGUCCCGAAAAGUUCCGUCACCGCUUGGGGCCAAGUGAACGAUACAAGAGUACCCCUGGAAUACUGUCUGCUUCGUCAGGUGUCGCACUGCAACGGCGUCGUCAAGUUGCUCGACGCUUGCGACAUGGGCGACGUAUUUGUCGUCGUUAUGGAGCGGAUGGAAUCGUGCAAGGAUCUCUUUGACUUUAUCACGGAACGAGGCGCUCUACCCGAAUCUAUGGCCAAGAACUUUUUCCGCCAGGUGGUCGAAGCCGUCAUCCAGUGCCAUCGAGCCGGAGUCGUUCACCGUGACAUUAAGGACGAAAACAUUUUGGUGGAUUUGAAAACCCUGACCCUGAAGCUGAUCGACUUUGGCUCUGGCGCGUACGUCAAAGACACCUACUUCACCGAUUUCGAUGGAACGAGAGUCUAUUCACCACCCGAAUGGAUCAACCACCGGAGAUACAUGGGCAUGCCCGCCACCGUCUGGUCCAUGGGCAUCUUGCUCUACGACAUGGUCUGUGGUGACAUUCCUUUCGAGGAGAACGAGCAAAUCGUCAGUGCCGUCCUCAACUUCCCAACUACCAGCUCGGGCCACCAACUCGUAUCUCGGCAAUGCCAGGAUCUGAUCCGAAACCUCCUCGAGUACUCCCCAGCCGAUCGGCCGAGUCUUGAGCAAAUCCUCACUCAUCCGUGGUUCUAUCCCGAUGUGGAAGUGACCAAAGUCGACGACGCUUCACCAAUAGAUUGUCUUUCCGCAAUGGAUGCAUCCUCGCCAUCUGUUUUGCCUUCAUCCAGCGCAGGAUCCAUCCCCGUCCCUUCCCCUCGUCGCGCCUCCUUCACGUUGGGAGGAUCUUUGCCUUACUCGCUGACACCAUCUGCAUCGACAGCUUCUUCUUCGCGCAACAGCAUGACAGAGGAAGUCGACCUGCUAGAUUGCGAGUACGCCAUGGAAGCAGUCAUCUAUCACGAGGAGCAAUGGGCUCACUAACA